AUGAUGGGGCUUGUGGAUUAUGGAAGUGGUAGCGGAAGCGAUUCUGACGAGGCUCCAACUGAUGUUGCCAUAAAUGAUGCUGCUGCACCAGCAAUGGUAACAAAGGUAAAGCCUGAAGUUCCAUCCAUGAAUGGGCAGGACAGUUCAUAUUUUGCAGAAGAUGACGUUUUUGAAGGCACAUCUUCGCUGAAUUUACCAUCCGUCAUCGAACCCAGUACGUUACCCGCCAAUGCUGAAGGCGAGCUGGAAGACAUUGUAAAACCAAAAGAUUGGGAGAUCAAACUAGCUGAGAAGGAGCGUAGGCGCAGGGAAAAGAAGGCGAAGAAAAGAGAGAAAAAAGAAAAACGCAAAAAGGCCAAGGAUGCAGUGGAAGCAAUUCCAAACGGUCGAGAGAAGAGUUCAAAAGGCAAAGCCAAAAUCGCCGCGUUUGGUGCUCUGAAGGCAAUCGUCGGUAAAAGUGACAGUGACAGCGACGAUGAGAAAGUGGACAAGUCCCCGAUGCUCCCUAGCAAACCUAAAGGAUCCGGUUUGUUAUCCAUGUUGCCAACUCCAAAGAGUGGUAAAUCGACGAGUGGUCUUGGAGGUGCCAGCAGCAAAAGUGCUGGUAUCAUGCUUCCACCUUCAUUGAGAAACAGGAAUGCCGCUUCGAGCACAGCUAACAAGGCUAGUUUUUCUAUUCAUUUGCCGCAGUCCAGAGAUGAUAGAAAAUUGUCUAACACCGAGAAACGAAACCACCAUAGUCUCUUAAAAGCCUCAUCGCAGAAACAAACUCCUGCAAAACGUUCCGCAGCGUCAGAUGAUUCCGACGACGAAGAUUUACCUACGGAUUUCUUUGGCUUGUCAUCUGCACCAGAACCGAAAAUUCCUCGAGUGGGAGACAUCCCCGCUUUGAUCGACGGCGUCGCGGACGUCGUAGGACCAUCACGUCCAAUGAAAUCGGAUGUUGAUGUAGACGAAGCUUACGGCUAUCCUGAAGUCGGGCCUUCCUCAAGCGAACCCGCAAUGGAAGGUGUGAUUACAGAUGAGGAGGCCCAUCGACUUAUUAUGAAGUAUGAAAUAGGGCCAAUGGGUCCGAUGGAGCAUCGCAGUCUCAACUCUAUUGCGGGAGAUAUUGUGGAUAUACGAGUGGAUGACGCGCUUGGGCCAGAUGUUCGUGCAACACUACUGAAAAAUUUGCACGUAGCUGCACGCGCUAAAGAUGCGAUGGCUCCUUUGCCGAAGUCAAAGAAUCCAGCCGACGCGACAUCCAAACGGAAGCACCAGAUCACGUAUCUUGCGAAUUUGGCUGUUGCGCGCGAGGAAGCACUCCAACAACAGUGGGCCGAAAGCAAGCAAAUGAGGCGACUGGGACGGCAGAAAUAUGGGUUUAGUCUGCUGUGGAGGCAUGUUUAG